UGCUGCUUGGAGUGAGCGCACGGUGCUCGGCUGUCGGUGCGGUGUCAGCGCGGUGUAGUCCACUAUGCCGCGGGUCCAGCGGUGUCAGCCGUAAUGAAGCAGUGUUACGUGUCGCACCGGACACUCCGCGCGUACUCUUCUUCGUCCCUGCAGGAGAGGGUGGCCGGCGGGUAGCUCCAACUUCGGACUCCGUGGUUUUGUUCCUCGGCGAAGCGCACUGAAAUCAGCUGGUGAGUGUCCGUCGCUGCGCACGUAUACACGCCACAGUCACCUGUUCCGCUCCACAGGUAGCUCAUCAGACUGGGUUUCUGCUGCCGCGCGCUAACAUAUGGAUGAACCUACAGAACAGGCAGAAGCUGCUGGUUACACUAGAUUUUUAAUGGGGAGGAAUCAAUGAAGCUGGAGCCAUUAUUUGCUCUGAAACUGACAAAAACAAACAACACGAGCUGAAACAUCCUCAUGUGAGCAAUUUAUAUAGCAACACCUGUUGAUUCUGAUUCUGAUGUUACAAUUUACCAUCACACUAUAGCAAAUGUUAAAAAAACAGGGCGACUGUAAAGGCUCCAGUCAACUCCAGCACCUCACCUGUCACCUCCAUAUGGACUCACAGCAUCGUGCGUAUCAGCUGUUUAAAUGACAACACCACCGGCUCCAAACAAAGAGCCGUAUGGCAGAUGGAUUAUCUGCUCAAGUGCGUGAACCGUGACCGUCAGAUGAUGGUCAUCGUGAACAAUGCGGUACGAACUCACCAGUCUAACACUAACAUUUCAAAAUGUAAAUGUUAAAAUCACCAAGAAGAAUAUGUUAAACUAGACCAAUAUGAUAUUAAAGGAGUUAAAAAGUUGGGUCAGUCACUAUUAGUUGUUAAGGUCCAGUUGACAGUAUGUGACCACUAUGCAUUCCUAAAAAAAUGUUUACCAAUUAGACCCCUGAAAAACUCUAAUCUGCAAUGUUAUAUGAUAUAUAUAUAUAUAGAUAGAUAUGAUAUGAUAUGAUGUAAUGUCCUUAUUGGCAAAACUCCUCUAUAUGCUCUCAAGGAAACUGUCCCUGUGUGUGUGUGUGUGUGUGUGUGUGUGUGUGUGAGCCCUUCAUGUCCUUAUCCUUAAGAGAACUUCUACCAUUCAGACAAGUCGCCCUUCCACGUGUGUGAAGGCCCGUGAACAAGCCUCAGUCUUCAUGCUUUGGUGAAUGUGGAGCAGAACAUGUUUCAAUUUAAAUCACGGCUGUAGGGCCUCUGUCUUUUGUGUAGCGAUCAUAAUGCUGGUGUUCUUGAACGUGCUCUUUAGUGAAUCAUCAAUGUGACACACAGUGUCAAGGAAGGGAGAUGAAGUCUUGGAUCUGCAGGCGUAUACCAGCAGAUCCUCCCUGCUUUUAAUAGUCACUUAAGCUCCAUGGCACCUCCUUUAAUUUAUAAUUUCACCCUGUCUUAAUUACCUGCAUAUCCAUGAGGUCAUUUUUUUGUUUUUUGAAAACUAGUCUCAUUUCUUUGAUCUUGGUUCAGUGUCUGGCUGAAAUUUGUUUUUUUUUCCAGCCAGACUGUCUCUCACUCCUCCUACUCACCUCAGAGUUAUUAUACUGUUUAUUAAAAAGCAAUAAUGUUAAAAAAAUAAAAGCUUUAAUACAGUACCAGCAUUUAAUGUGAGGAAAAUGUUUUAAAGCAGCAUUAAAUGGUAACAUGGGGGCAGUGCAUGAGCUGUCAACACAGCUGCGACAUAUCAUCACCUCAUACAUUUAUUUUGGCAAAUGUGCUUGUUUACACAUCCAUGACACACAGAGCAACGACAGAACAAUAGUCCAAUAUUCACUGUUCUGUUACUCCUAUUGUUGUCUCCACUAGGGAUUUAUAUUUUUCAAAACGUGAUUACAUUUUGUGUCCCGGGAGUAGAAGCGCACUAUUCGAGGAAUCCUGGGAAGUAUAACUUCAGCUACACACAUUGGGCGUAGUUCAAGCAACACUAAAUGCAACAAGGAGAAACGUGCAUAAAGCUAUGGGAUCCCGAGCUUUAGAGUAUUAUUUGAUGGUAUUCGAAAUGAUGGUAUUCAAAAUCCCAUUAUUAUAUUUAUCUGGAAACAGGAAAUAGUUUGGAUGUGAAUUCCCGGGAAUCCUAGUCUCCACCAAAAAGAAAAACCAAAACAAUACGCUAAAAGAGGCUAAAAGCAUAGAAGAGCUGAAAGGCACGGUGAAGUUGGGUGGGUUUGUCACUCAGAGCGUGACCUUUUCACAUUACCCAUGAUACCUUGAUCCAUGUUUAACAAAAAACCAAUUAUUUGUGCAGCUUUAAGUUUAAGAAUUUUAGAUACAGAGUGAACCAAAGUGCUACAAUAUAGAGGCUAAAGAUCUUUCAAACGUGCCUGUGUAAGUGUGUGUUGAUGGUGCAGGUGGAGCGGUAUUGUAGACGCGAGGGAGUACAGUCAUUUCUCGUCAUAUUUAAACUCCCUCAGUUAAUAUUUUGUCAUGGGAAGUGAAGGUAGCUGGCAGCCUGCUCUGUUCUGUCACCGCUGGGUGAAUCACCCGACUUCCCAUCAUCUGUUCUCCUUCCGCUAUCCUGCUCUCUCUUGGAAAUCGGGCCUCGUGUCACCGCGUGUUAACACACAAAGCGUCGGCAGACAGAUGAUGACAUCACAGCUCACCGCCCACCCAUUCUGAUCCUAGAGUCCCGGAGGUGCCAGCCUUUAUCACUAACCUCCCGAACAGCCUCAGUCAGCCUUUCCUUUUAUCUUUUACGAGGAACAAAGGAUGCCGCUGCAAUCAGUGAACAGGUAACUGCCUUACCUAUAAAAUCUCCUAAUCUCCAGGAGCAUCGGCACGACUGAGCAGUUUAUCUUCAUCGCCUGUCUAAAACUUUCCUUCGCUAAAGAGCCAAGACGGACGCAUAAAAUGUGGCUGACCAGAGUGUAUUUACACAGAUACAGUACGUAUUUCUGUACUGAAGCUGUCAAAGGCUGAUGAUGUGUGUUGAUAUUCUAUUGCCGCUUGUCCUCGUAUUUUUUUUCCCGUAACUUUUGGAUUGUAAAGGUUCAUUCAGACGGAGCACAGAGUGAAAUUUGAGCAGAACUGCAGACUAAACACAAACAGCCAAUGCACUGAUUAUGCAGAGGUUAGCUCAGCGUCUGACUGAUAUCCAAACGCACCAUAAACUUCAGUUCAUUCGGGUAUUUGUCUACAGACCUCUUUCUUGUUUUCCUCAGUCAUACAGCUUUGGGACUAGCACACUUUUUUUCCCUCUCUAAAGUAAAUAUAUUUUCAAGACAUCUAAAUCAUUUUUCAAGGUGCUGGAACAAAAAACAAAAUGAAGGCUAAAGUCAGACAAAAGACUUGCAGACUGUACUGAUACAUCGUUACAGAGUAACAGAGCCAGAAAAAUAGCCCCAAUAAUGUCUUGGAUGAGAUUGAGGCUGCUUUACAGUUUGUUGCAAGUCAAAUGAACAGAAACAACCUCUCUCAUAUUCCUGCUCCCAGCAACUGUUCCUGCACCUUCGCUGUAGGCAGUUGGAUACGUGACUGACGAUUGGUUUGAGCAAAUAACAACCCCUCCAAAACACAAAACAGCUGAAAUAGAAAAUCCACACUGUAUAAAUAGCAAUUUAUUCAGAUAAUCAGACCAAAAUGUUGCAAUUCUUCUACGGCUGCUUGUGUUAAGACAAUACUUAGAAGUUUGUUCAAUGUAAAAAGGGAAAACCAUGUUUAUAUCCUGAAAAUAAAGUUAUCAAAAACUGUGGUAUUUCGGUAUCGGCCCCAAAACUCAGGUAUAGUGGCAACAGUAGCAUUGAACAAUUUCCAACGAUACCCAGCCCUCCUCCUUCCUGCUGCAGACUUGUUGUUUGAGCUGAAGAGUGGAAGAGGAUAUAUAUAUUUUGCUUUUACAUCUGCUGUCUGCCAUAAAAUUGCUAUUGAAAGAAAGAAAAGUGUUCUUCACGUUUGAAACGUGUCUGUUUGCAAGAUAAACGACAGCCAAGCGUAGCCUGUCACUUAUAAUUCCACCACCCGGCGGCAAAUUUAAUUCCCAUCGAUUGUGGGCCUUGCCACUCUGAUGAUGGAAACAGUGGUUUGCCGGGCUACAUUCCAGUCAUUCAUUAUUACUAUGUAUUGACCAGUGACCUAUAAGAGUUUAGUCCGAGCCGGUGCUUCUGUACAGUCCACUGCCCUUUACUGUGACCACUGGCUGGCUGCCAUUUGGCCAAGUCUGCUUUUAUCUGUCUGCCAUUGAAACACAUCAGUCAAUUCUUUCCCCACCUGGAUCUGGAGGACAUAUCACAUUGGCUAUGUUUAGCAGAGACGUAGAGGACGGAGGAUGUGUUAGACUGUUCUGACCUCAACCUCUCCGUGCCCAUUUUCCCAGCAGCCCAGCCUGGCGAGAGGCAAGGGUUGGUCGGUUUAACUCAAUAGACUUCCCCCAGCAUGCCUCUGCCCGGCUCUAUGGGAAAGGACUGUGGUUCGUCAAUGUCAUCUCUCCUGCUGCCAGCCUCUCCAUACUGAUUAGAUGGGAAGGGAACAGUAGGUGAGAUGGAAUGGUUCCUCUGCGGAGACAAAGGGUUUAUUGUAAUUCCCGAGGCAUCCAUUCAUUCCACAGAUCAGUGACCUUUUCAGCGUAUCGGACCACACAAUAGAAUCGGCUGCUUUGUUUCCCCCUCCAUCGUAAUUACCGCGUGGAAUUCCUUCUGCCCUAGAAAGAGGCACGGCAUCUCAAAAAAACGUUUUUUCAGACAUCAACCAUCUGAAGGUCGAUCAGCAAAUGGAGAGGCUGAGAGAGUAAGAGGUGCAAUUGCUGUUUUGAAAUGAGUUUCAAUGGGCGCCAUCAACCGUGGUUCUCACUGGAGAUGCCUCUCCACAGCUGCACCUGGAAGCUUUGCACGUUUUGCAUCUUCAAAUAGCAGCAAGAGGGAAAUAUUAACAUUUCCUUUCUCAUCAGCCAGAAACGAAAAAUGAUUAAGUCAGAUUGACUUUGUCCGGAGUCUGAGAAGAGCAUUGAUGGCUUCAACACUGGUGCUAAUAUACUGCGCCAGAACUUAAAGCUGCACUUACCAAUAUUUUUUUGUAUCAACAUUGAAUCAAAUGACGAUGUCUGAGAGAGAUUUAUCACCCAGUUUCUCUUUUCAGUCACUUUUCGCUCAUUGUUUUGUUUUUCUGGACCGCAACUCUUCUUUUAUACAAGUGGAGACAGAUAUUUAGUCUCGAUAUUGAUGCAGCUUUUAAGGUGCACUUCUAGUCCAUUCUGCAUGAUAGGUAUACCAUUACAGCUGAAACAAACAGUAAACAUGUAUUAGUUGAUAGACUAAAGGAAAAAUUAAUAAUUUAAACAAUUUUGUAAUCAAAUUUGCCACACAUUCUCCGGUUCCAAGCAAUUUUGAGGAUUUGCUACUUUUGUUUGACCUGCCUGGUCUGGGAGGAGCUGUAUAGGAAGUGUUAGGUAAAUUGAUGUUGGUCCUUCUCUGUUAUGUAUGGACCUGUAUAUAUGUUGGGAUGUUGAGAUGGCAGGAUGGAAAGAUGAGUGUAAAUCCAAGGUUUUCUACCGCUGGAGACUAAAUCCUCUUCGGUUGCAGCUCCUACUUUGUCCCUAUCUCUAUAGUGCAGCUUCAAUCACAAACACAACACACGAGAGCUUGACACUUGUGCUGAUGCAGGGUGGCAGUGUUUGUGCUGCCUUUAUAGCAUUUUAUUGUGUGUGUCUGUGUGUGUGAGUGUGAGCGUUUCUCACUUGCCAGGGUUGUUGUCAGAGAGUGCUAGAUGCCCGUUGGUGGCAGCCAGCGCGCAGGAGCAGCACGUGCAGCCGCAGCCACCCAGGCCGCACGAUGCCACGAUGGUCUAGUUCAGAGAGCGCCCGGGGUCGAGAACGGCCUCGGUUACACACUUCCAAACAACAGGCUUUGUGCUGAAAUAUUGAUGUGACGGCAGCACACACUGUCCUCCCGGUGUCACACAUAUCGGACAUGUGUAGACUUAUUAUCCUGGCCUUAGUGCAGCUACCAGGGUGCAACAGAUGUAUGGAUCCUGACACCUGAUACUAUUAGUUAUGGAUGGACUGUGUUCUGAAACAAUUAGAUGAUAGAGAGAAGACUAUUCGUUAAAACUUUGAUAAAAGAUUAUUUCAGAAUCUCUGCCUACAGCUUCUCAAAUGUGAAUAUUUUGUCAUUUUCUCUAUUUUGAAUCCGGGAUGGGUCAUGAUUUUCAAAUUUUCCAACAGUCAUUAAAUUGUAGAAAGCAGUUUAUGGGACUAUCAUGUUGAGAUAUGAUGAGAAAUAUAUAUUCUCUUGUUUUGGAGUAUUGGUCAGACAGAGUUUCCACUUUGAAGAUGUCACCUUGAGCUCAUGAUGGGCAUUUUUCAGUCCGAGGGACGGUUAUCGAAUCCCAAUACUUGGCAUUGAAUGUAUGGUCAGAUUUGUAAUUCUUUAAUUGCAUCUUUCCUUAUUUAAACCAGUGGAAUGUUUCCAAUUUAAGUCUUUUUUUUUAGGCUGCUUGUGUUCUGACGGUUAACAUUUCAGAACUUUAGCUUCUUAGCUCGGACGAUGGUCUUUUAUCUUAUUCAAGUAAUGUUUAAUGUAAUAAAGUAAAAUUUCAUAUUAGUAUCUAAAAUUAGGUAUCAUAUCGGCACAAAACACAAAGAUGCUCUAUGUCUAAUAUUUGUUAUUUGAACUUCCCUUUUUGCAAGAGUUUUAUAACUGUGUUUUAUAACUGUGUCUGACUAAUAAAUCAUCCAUUCCAAAAUUAAAGUCACAGUCUAAAUGAUUGAUAGUCGGUAUUAAAAGACUGCUCCUGUGAUUUAGUGUUGCUAUCCCACAAAGUUAGGGAACUCUCAGGAGAAUGAUAAAAAAAUAAUGGUCAAACUUCCUGACUUUUAGUUCCCAGUAUGGGUCAAGUGCCAGUAAUGCCUGAUCCUACACUUCCCAUAAUGCAACUAAAUACUGUCAUUGUGUUAAAACAGCCAUGCUGACAUCAUCGGGGUUGUUUUCGCAGAUUUACCCAGUUCUAUACCAAAUCUCCGCGAUUAACCAAACGGGUGAAGGUUGAAGUCAAAGGCCACCGAUCUGUGCUCACUUUCACUCGGUCUUAUUAGACUGAGAAUAUCGCGACAUCAAAGGCAACACCGGUGUCACGUGUGCAGCCACCACCAGGCCAAAAAUAGCACAUUCACAAUGUGAUUUUUCUCGCUUUGACCUUUCCAAUGGAGCAAAUUGGAGGGCCAUUUGUAUGCUCAGGGAUCAGUUGAUGAUCUGUUGAAUCAGAACAUUAGAGGUAAAAGUCGUACGUCCCCCAAAAUAGUCUGUUCUUGCUCGACAUGUUCUGUUCUUCUGAUCGUCCCCGAGGAGCUGCCUGCCAGCCAUUCUUUACAGCUCUCUGUCAAGUGUGCUAAUUGCUGUAAAUAGCUGGGUGCUCUGUUGUUGUGAUUGACCCUUAUGGAACCCGCUCAAUCUGUUUCAUAUUUGGCAACGUGCAGGGCACUUUGUUGGCCUCAUUUCAGUGUAAUAGCUUGUUGUUAUUGCACAUUAAACACAGUUGAUUACAAAGAGGGCGGAUUGCUUUUAGGCGCUUUUUUGAAGGACGGCAACGGGAAGUCCAGUUUGGACCCGUGUACCAGUAAAAAAUGUAGCUGAAUGGUAUCAAUGACUGCUUGUAACUUCUUUUUUAGUGUUGUGGGUUGUUUCCUGAAACUGCUGAAAACUGGCAUCGUAAUUGAACUUCAAAACCAGACUGACGCUGAGUGAUGAUAAUUGUGACAUUACUUUUCAAAGUAACUCAAACUACUUAAAUUUUUAAACAGUCACUUGUUACGUUACAGCCUUACCUACUGAAAAAAGUAACUUGUUAGAGUACAUUUGUGCACCAAUAAUGAAAUUGGUAUUGAUAUUCUUUGUGUUUUUUAUUGUCUUUUAGAAUGAAAAAAAUAAAAAAAGACAAGAACUGACCCUUCACUCAGUAUGUCAGGCCUAUCAACCUUUCCAAUGCAUGCCACUUAUCUAGUUUACAAUGAUAACAGUGGCAGAUUUACUGCUUGAAAUGAAUAAUACAUUUUAAAACAAUAACUCUUGAUGUCACACAGAAGUAAACAAAAGCUAGCUUCUCAUUUCUGGCCCUUGACCAUCGUUUAUUAGCUUAGGUGCUAGCUCCAUGAGUCUUUCUAAUGUUUUAAGCUCAUUUAAAGCAAGAAACCUGUGAAACCCUGUGCCCAAAUUCUUUGGCGACACAAGGUCACCACUGUGGAGUUAGCCUGACAUGUUGACGUUUGAAACUUGCCGAGGACCAAACACAUUCCUUUCAAUUUUGCUCUUGUUUUUUUGCCUUUGUGUUUAGCAAAUGAUCACUUGAGUUAUUCCCCCAGAAUUUACUUAAUAUUUGUAAAGAAUAUUCUGAAAGAUACUUUAUACUACCACAGGACACUAAAAGUAAUAACAUUGGUGAUAGUGGUAAAUAUCCAUCCAUUGGAUUCUUGGAGAAAUAGGUGGUAUUGACUGAGAAAAAAACUUUCAUUUGGAGACAUUUUCAAUAAAUGCACAGACCUGUAGCACAAGACUUUGGCGAUUUCUCUUUCAAAAGAGUCCCCCCUCUAAGCCAUUUAUCUACAAAGUAAAAGCCUGCGCUGAUGCAUUUUUGUCUGUGAUUCCCGGCUUCUGAAACAUGAAAGCAGGCAGCCAUAGAGAGAAAAAGGGCUACACCGAUCAGCAGAAAAGACGGAAGGAUCUGCCCAGGAUGUUUGCGAGAUCUUAAGGGAGGCUGUGAUCACGCUGUCUCAUUAGAUCAGUCUCAGCUCUCUGCUUCUCUCUCGCUCUCUCGCUCGCUCUCUAAAGCUGCUGCUGCUCAGGGUAAAAGAAAUGCAGCUUUUUUUGAAAAUCAACCACUGAUAUCAGAGCCGCGCUUCACCUUCCAGCUUUUGUACAUAUGUAUGACUUUCUGUGAACCUGUUAAUGCGAACGUGUUGAGCACAGCCUACAACCGUCACAUAUUUUAUCAGUCGCUGUAUUUUGCAUAUAACUUGAUAGUUUUGCACUGCAUAAAUCUAUAUAUUUGCAACAUAAAUGCUGCAUCUCUUUCUCUAUUUAAUCUCUUUAUGCUGAAUAAUUUUACAUUCCUACAUUUCUUGUUGUGUUGCUGCAUUAUUUCCAUUGCUUAUACCUUCAGCCACAACCACAGUUUCCCCAAACUCAGUUCACAUCAAAUCUGACUUUAUCAUAAAACAAAAGAUCGCAGUGCAAAGAGAGUCUGUUUCUUUCUUGGCUCCCCUCCUCCACUUCAUAGCUAGCUUUAUAGUGGUACAGUUUCCAUGGCAGCUAGAGCAUUUUAAGCUUUAGGAUAACAGUGAAAAAAGUGGGGAGAAGGACAGGGAAUAAUCACAGGGUAUGAGGGACUAAAAAUAGAGAGGGACUUAAUCCCAGGCAUUAUUUAUUCAUCUAAAAUGUCUCGUGUCUGCGCCGGCUGUGUAAACAUCAUUUCUUCUGCAGUUCCUCGUCGGGCGGGCAUGCCGUUUGCUGACCUAAACCCCCAGAGUCUUACUAACUGACUAAUGUCAUGACCACAGGGAGAGGGGAGAUACAGUGGCAACACAAAGACAACACACGCCGGAUGGACAUGCAGGGGCUGGAUUUGCUGUGGUGAGGUCGUAUGGAGAGGGAAACCAGUUCUGGAUUAUUGCAAGCAAUCUCUUACUGCUCCUACUUCCUUGUCAUUAGAUGAAGCAUUGGAACAAGACUGCAAAAUAGAGAGGAAAAAUGAGCACUGUUGCUUUUGUCUCUGAAAAACAUCCACAGUGACAAUAUGUAAUUAAACAUCUCCCCAAAUGAAAAUCCAAUCAUGUUUAAUGUAAUGUAAUUGCCAGUUCAUUUGCGAUAUGCAGUGAUCUGUGAUGUAGAGACUACAGUGAAGCUGCAGUGUGUGCAGUGACUGUCACACGGCGAGUGUUAGACUGAUGAGAAGCAGAAUAGAGGUCAGCCUCAGGCAGCAGGCAGGGCCAGGCUGCUUGGCUGCAAGAAGUGAUAUACGGAUAUCAUUGUCUCUUGUUUGGAGGGAAGAACGCUUUGACUGAUUGACUGGCUUUUUAAAGACCAAUACCAGUGGAUUUUUUUCACUUGAUUUUGGAUAAUUGCAGAAAAGUUCAUGAUACUUACACAUUUUGUUCAGCAAGAUAAUGAAACGUGAAUACACAAUGAGGCUGUGAAGGGGUGCUAGUUGGCGUGAUGACGUUUUGUAGUCUCAUUUAGCCAGCUAGCUUUUUUAAGACACGUAAAAGCUUAGAAAAAGGUAUUUAACAAAGACGGUGUAUAAGAAGGGAACGUAGUCAUCAUGACGUCGCCCAUUGGUUUGUGGACUGCCGUUUUGAAGCCUCAAAAUUGGCGAUUUGGCCAUCGCCAUCUUGACUUUUUUUGCAACCGGUUACCAUAUUUGGAAUGCGGAGGAUUGACGUAGAGACUGCGUAUACCGCCGCCUCGUAUUUACUGACGGAUUAUAUGUCGUAGAGGAAACUUUAACAUGUUCAAGCUUGUGUUAACCAAAGACCCGAUCAAAAAAACCCUUUGACUUUGAGAGGAGGCAACUGGAAGUGCAAAAAUGCUAACACAUUAACGCAUUUCCGGGUUUUAGGACUCGCUCCUGCACCACCACUGAUUGUCCAUCAGAGAGCACUGACAUGACAAUUUUUACACUGUAAAACGUCCUGCUCAUCUUGGUCACACAAUUUGUUUUUGGAUCGUUUGUUUACGUUAUGGUACGUUCAGCUCUUAAAUACAGAAUUAUUAUUUCACAGAGUUGUUUUCACGUUGCUCUACUCAGUGACGUUCACAAUCCUUAAUUAUCAGCCUAUAUGCACACCUUACACACAGAGGUGUAAAACACUCACAGGACUUGUGGUUAGAUUCAAUAUGUUUCACUCAUGUCUCCAUCUAAUGCAUUUUCAAUCCAGCAAAAAUAAGGAAUGCCUGACAUUGUGCAUUUCACCUUAUUUUUUAAGUCAUUGCAGUGCUCUGUUUUAUAAAAAAAUGUUUGAGAAUAAGACGAUGGAGUUUUCCUGACCCAUUUAGAGAGUGGUUCUCUCAGCAAUGAGUCCUGGUUUAUUGCUAAACAACCCUGUUCCAAGUGUCUGCAAUCACUCAAGGAGAUGAGAAUGCAGAGAACAUGUCACAUUUAUUCUGACAUAACCACUGACUGUAAUGGACAUGACAUUUCCAAACAACUUGGUUCAUGCAUUUAUUCACACAGAAGGUGGAUCCUUAAGAGCUUCUCUUAUGUAACUGAACCACAGAAAUGCCCAAUUUACUGAAUUAUAAUCGACUAGCUGAACUUAGUCGAGCAUUUAGCAGCUAACGAGCCAGAUGUUUUGUUAGGAGUUGGUGGAGACCAAAACAGAGCUAAAAGAAGAUAUUAUAUAUUGAACUUGUAUUCAUCAGGUGGACAGAAACAUUUACCAUGUUGGUACGGGACCAAUAUCAAAAGCUGGUCAUCUUUGAUCAAAAAGUUUCUAAUUUUAUUUAUUUAUUUAACUUUAAUUUUAGACUGCAUUCAGACAAAGUUACUGUACAACUGCUUCUGUUUAGACAACAAUAAACAUUUGAGAACUGUUUUUGCUAAAAAACAAACCAAGGUAUUGGAGCACAUUAUUGUUAUUUGACAUUUUACACAUUGCACUGACUUUGGUCUUUCAUAAACCAUCGAGAGCUACUGGUGAUGUAAGCGCAUUGCUGCUGCUCCACAUACUGUGUUUUGGUGGCAAAAGUUUGGUGGAAAUGUACGUUAAGAGCUUCUUGGGGCAUUAGUUGAAUACGGAAUUGUAUACAACUAAUAGUGUGGAUCCUGACUGUUUCUGAAAGGUCUCCAGACAUGGCAUUUGUCAUCACCAAGGGGAUAUUUACUUGCCUUACUUGGUUCUUGAAUAGAGAUUGGUUUUGACAUUUUCUACACACAAACAGAAGAGGCAAGUUAUCGAGCUCUCAGCAUCUCUUUCUGUUUCUAGCGCUGUCCGUGGUGCUGAAAGCUUCCAUUCUCUGAGUGAGAAAAAGUAUGUUGAGACGAGCUUUCUUUCUCAAGGUCCUUGGACUCAUAUUUCCAUUCAAACUAGCAGGCGCGCUCUCUCUCUCAACCAGCAAGGCCUCUUCUGAAUGGAGCCGAUCUCAGCACCAUUGAAAGCACUGCAAGGUUGGAUCGGAAACGAUACCAUGUGCUGUUGUGUUCAAAACUACGCUUCAACAUUGAAUGUUAUGGGGGGUCCGAGUUCAGAGAUACUGCUCUGUUAAACACACAGAAGAAGACAUAAGUGAACACAACACAGGACAAUUUUAGCUCGCAUGAUUAUUUACACACAGCGUCCCUGCAAUAUAGAGGAUGUUUUAAGUACAUACUGUAUAAUUUGUUGCUAAAUUAUAGACGUCGCUGUGUUUAGAAAUAGCCCAGAUAGCACUUUGCAGCAUUAAUGAGUUAUUAUUUAAUAGAAGAGCUGUCGCAUAGAUUGCCCUUUGUCCUCUUUUUGUACUCGGUAUGUUUGCACCCGCUCUGUAAACAACCCUUGACCUCUUACAGUUCUUCAAUCAAAAGGCUUUAUUGGCUCUACCUUGUUGCGUAACAUACCUGCGGCUUUUCCUUGUGUCUGACUGAGGCGGAGCGGAUAUCUUAGUAUCUAGGUCAAUUUUCUUGACAAGCUAAUCCUAUCUAAACUGCUGUUGGAUUAUCAGCUAAAACAAACCUGUUCAGAUGAUGGGUCACUGCCUGUUCAAUGUCUAAUCCGGCAGUUCAGUGAAAGUUACCAAACAGAUGUUCUAAUUAGGACUGGUGGAGGCUAUUAUUGACACUGAUAGUUCAGCUACUGAAAGCCACUGCUUUUUACUCGUGUUCAUUUGUUCAUGUUCACCCAUAGAAAUACAAAACCUCUAAGCUACAUUUAAAUCAUCAUUGGAUGCUAAAACAAAGCCAACGGUAUUUUUUAUCUGGGGAAACAGCUUCUUAAGGUGGACUGAGGCAUCUUCCACCCUAGGUUGUACGGACUAAAACGCCUGAAACUGCUGAGGAAAAUCCGACUACAUCAGCUGCCGUAUCGGACGUGAGUGAUUGUGGCCAGUAUCAGGUAAGGUCAAUAUAGACCUGACACUUCAGCCAGUCAAUAUCAGCCAGGGGCUAGUUUUAAUUAUCCAGAUUAACAGAUAAAUCCCAGCUUUUCAGCGAUGUUCAUCUUGAGAAGCAUGUCAGAUAGACUGAAGCAACAAGGAGAGACGAGCAGUGCCAAGUGCCCCUCCUGCUGCUUGGCGCUGAUUAGACUCCUAUUGUGGGACUUUCAGUUUAACUGUGGCCUCCGCUCCAGGACAAAGAGCAGCUUUGACACGUGGGGCCAGAGAAGGGAAACUGGAACAAUGUUCUGGCUUCCCGGGACGCCUACAUUAAGAUCCAACUGAAAGGCCACGUUUAGUACUGCAGCUACAUAAUGGUUCACUGGUUAGCGCUUCAAUUUAGAGACCUCAAAUCAGAGCGGCCGUGGUGAUCAUCGAGGACUCUGAGGCCAUGUUCUUGGUAUUUCUACAUUCAUUAGUUUCUCGAUGUUAAUAUAAAAUGGAGUAACCUUAAAUUGAGACGUGAUGUUAAGAAGCAUUUUCAAUUCAACGCCAGCUGGAAAAAUCCUCAAUAAAGAGGGGUCUUGAGAUGACGGAAGUAGAGCCAGUGUUGGACUUUGCCUCCUCGGGGCGCUCGGGGAGGAGAAAUGCCCUGCCUGACAUCCUGGGCUCACCGGCAGGCGUAAACCCUGGCGACCUGCCUCUUAAGCUGGCUGAAAUGAACCUCACAGAUGGUCCGGGAGGGGCCCAGUCACCCGCGGCAGAGGGGCCUCCAGCGCCGCCGGAGACCUCAGAGGGGAAGGAGGGAUCGUAGGGGCUCGUUUUAUUUACCUCCCCGGAGACAUGCAAAGAUAACCUGAGAGACAGCACGAGGAACGAGUUCGAGGGGGCGACGUGUUUGGAGAGUGAGUGAUUAUCUGUGGAGAGUCAGUCUGUUUGCGAAGCAGCUGAACCACGGAGGGAGAGUUGACGAACCGACUCCCCAGCGACUGGAUCCAGGCACUCAGCAGCACUAUCUGACAAGAGUCAGACGUCACUUAGUUCUGAAGCAGUGAGUGUGUGUGUGUGUGUUUAGGUGAGUUACAUACUCACCGCGGACACUACGCUGAAAUUCAAAGGGACCAUGACAGAUUGUACACUGUACACUAUUUUUGUAUGAUUUAUUUAGAACUAAAGAAAAACAGGAACUCACUAGUCAAACUGUAAUGUGUUCCAUUUCCUGUUGAUUUUUGUUUUGUAGUGAUGUGUGUUAUUAAACAUUGACUAUAGUAGGAGGGAAUUUGAUAGCGGCCUGUCGUGGCUCGAAGCAUUUUAAUCCAGCAAAAUCAAAUGUCACAUAAGUAAACAGUAGAUUUAAGAAAAUUGAAAACUCUUUGUGUUGUCUCCUGCUAUUACACUAAUUGUGUUUGGUCUACUGUGUAUGUUUGUCAAACCGGAGGCUGUUGCACAGUGUAUCUACAUUGUAAAUGUACAGUUUUUACCCCUAAUCGCAGACUGUUUUGAUCCUGGUGACAGCGAACAGGGAUUGGAUCCAUUUCUUAAGGCGUCCAUAUGGUGAGAGGCGAUAAGGUUGAAGAACCGUCCACAUCUUUUGACAUUCCUUCAGAGAAUAGUGUCCCACUGCCAGCAAUGAACACGCUGCUUCAUUAUAAUACCGGGAAAAGUCAGAGAUUUAAUUUUUGGUUUUUGCUCCAGGCUGCUUCUAAAAGUCUCUUCACUUUCCAAACCUCUGAAAAUGUGCCUAGUGGCAGCUCACAACCCCAAACGUGUGUUGUGUUCUUUCUCUGUGACGUACUGUUAUCUACUAUUUUGGGCUACUGAUAUUUCCUCAGUUUUAAUAGGAGGUAUCAUAACUCGUCUUUACUGCUCGAACUGUAAAUGAAAGACAAAGCAACUUUUCUAACAUUCUGCAGACUUUGCAUCUGUAGAUCCAACACUUUUUUCAGGAAAAGCGUUUUCAGUUUUGCGUAAACUUCGGCAGGGCUUCUUGGGCUCCUCGCACGCUUAUUGCAGCGGCAGCAUAUGCCCGCCGACCGGGCACCGGAGCAAGCAUCAAGCAACACUACACUACCGCCACAGUGUGUUUCGAGCACCGAAAAUGGCAGCAAGCUCGCCUUCUGCCUCUCUGCACGGAGACGAGUCUGUUCACACUCAUCAACACAUAAAGCUGUGAAUAGGAUGCAAGACUGAGCGCGAGAAGCAGCUAUCCACUCACUGCUACUCUAUAUAUAUAUUGUAUUGUAAUAUAACCCAUGUGCGUGUGUGUGUGUGUGUCAUACAUGCUGCUCGUAUGAUUAUCACACUGUACUCAUGUAGGAAAUGCUGUUCUGUAAUUGUCUCUAUUUGAAGAUGUUUUGCCGGUGGCUGUGUCUUUAUGUGGAUGUGUUUCACAAAUGCAACAAGGAAAGCCUGGUGCGCUGCUGCCCAGCCUCUGUUUCUGAUGCUGUACUUCGUGUGUUCAUGGUCUGCACAAGCUGUAUGAUCAACACUUUUUUGGU